GUAGCAUGCAGUACAAAACACGAAGGUAAGCUACCUUGACUCUUCACCUCCUGGUGUUGUCGAGAUUUUUUCUCAGCUUUAACCUUCGGCAUUUUGAUAAAUAAUGUUUGAGAUUCCAAACUGUGCAAUAUACAGUACAAAUGUGUGAAUACGUUCACGCUAUCAUAAACACGUGCAGCAACUUUUGCAGGUUCCUUUCAGCUGAUCGGAAUCGCCUCAAGCUCCCUCUGGCGCCGUGGAGGACGCGUGGAGGAACCGGACGUGACCUUUUUACAGCUGUUGUUGCGGGGACAUUUUCGCGGCAAUCUGAACGCGAUACAAAGACUGUUGAUGAAUAUUACAACUGAGUUUUUAUAUUAAUAUAGAAGAUUCAGAAUUUUUGAACAUCAGAGGACACAACAACAAUGGCAUCAGUCACUACAGAGGACAUCAAAUCUGAACUGGACACUUUCAACAUAGCCUUCAACAAUGACACUGUGGAUAAAAGCUCCAGUAAAGACCAGCUGCUGCUCACUCUUGAUAACCUGGACCAGUUUGAACAUGAAAUACUGAACAAGAAGAAAAAGCCUAAAGGCUCAUCAAAGGGAAGCCAGUUUAACAAGACAAGAGACAUCAAUUCUAUUCAGGAACUAAUCCGUGCAGAAGAGGAAGAGGAGAGCAUGCUGGAUUCCUAUUCAACACCUGCCAAAGGCUCUCAGAAGCGAGCGCUGACCACCCCAGAACAUCCUCAGUCCAAGAGAGGUGUGGCCCAACUCCCCAGUCCCAGUCUGUUGCUGUCACCUGCCAGCUUUUCACCAAGUGCAACGCCUUCUCAAAAAUACGGCAUGCGUGGUGGGCGAGGAGAGGUGGUUUCUUCGUUUGGGGCGGUGCAGGGUCCUCGUUGGACGGGUAAAGGACAGAGCUCUGUGAGAGUCGAGAUGCUGGAAGGAGGAGAGAAUUCACUCAUCAGCAGCUACAAAUACAUGUUCCAGAGACUGAGAGACGUGCGGGACGUUCUGACUGAAAAGAUUGAAGAACUUGGAGAAGAACUCCGGAGUCAUUUUAACAUAGAGGAAUUCUCUGCAGUUUCAUUACCUGUUCAGGAUAGCAUCACAGUGCUGGGCCAAGUGUGUUGUGACAGUAACGGGAAGCUCAAUGCCCAAUCUGUGCUGCUGGAGGCCGGACAGGAACAGGGGGGCAGACAGGUGCCUGUGGAUCUGUCUGAGCUCAAAGAGUUCUCACUUUUUCCUGGACAGGUUGUUGUCAUGGAAGGUAUGAAUCCCUCUGGGGAGAAGUUUGUUGCUACCAAAUUAUAUGAGGGUAUUCCCCUGCCUUUUCACUGUCCUCCUGAAGUGAAACAAGAAAUGAAUGAAGUGUCUGAGCCUGUGAUGGUUGUGAUGACUUGUGGACCGUACACCCCCUCUGAAAGUCUGACCUAUGACCCUCUGAUUGACCUCAUUACUAUCAUCAAUAAAGAUCGGCCUGAUGUGUGCAUUCUGCUUGGGCCUUUUGUUGAUUCCAAACAUGAGCAGAUUGAGAAAAACCAGGUAACGGAAACAUUUGAAACCAUCUUCAAGAGAUGUGUGGAUAGCAUAGUGGAAGGAACCAAAGGGUCGGGAUGCAGGUUGGUGUUUGUGCCGUCUCAGAGGGAUGUCCAUCAUCAUUACAUUUAUCCUCAGCCACCCUUCAACCUGAGCAACCUCAGCAAAGAUGAUUCAGCGCAAGUGACCUUAGCUCCUGACCCCUGCACGCUCCUCAUCAGUAAUGUGACAUUUGGCCUGACCUCUACAGACAUUUUGUUUCAUAUGGGAGCAGAAGAGAUCAGCUGUGGCACGGGCACAGAACGUUUCACACGGAUCAUGAAACACAUGUUGACCCAGAGGAGCUAUUAUCCUCUCUAUCCUCCUGCGGAGGAAGUUAACAUGGAUUAUGACAAGUUUCAACAAUUCAGCCAAAUGAACCUCACACCUGAUAUUCUUAUCGUUCCUUCUGAACUUCGGUAUUUCAUCAAGGAUGUGAUUGGCUGUGUGUGUGUCAAUCCUGGCCGUCUCACUAAAGGACAGGUGGGCGGGACUUACGGAAGGUUACUCAUUCAGCCAAACCCUGUGCUGGUGGAGGGGAAGAGAGUGAGCCCAUGUAUUGCAGGACAGGUGGUGAAAAUAUGAUACAAUUUAUCCUUUCUACUGCUUGAACUUUAUUAAAUCAUGUCUGUAUUUUUUUUUGUCUGUAUUAAAACUUUUCACUUAAAGUGGCUGGAAAAUAAAAUACUUU